AUGAUUAUUCCUGUUCGCUGCUUCUCCUGCGGAAAGGUCACUGGCGACCUCUGGGAGCGCUACCUUAAGCUCAUCGACGAUGGCAUUACGGAUGGCGACGCGAUGGACCAGUUGGGCCUUAAGCGUUACUGCUGCCGUCGUAUGGUCAUGACCCACGUUGACCUUAUUGAGAAGCUCCUGAAGUACACCCCCGACGGACGCAACGAGAAGAAGAUGUCUCUGAACCCAUAA